UCUAAAUUCUUUUGAGCUAAUAACAUAAUAAUUAAUUAAGGUAAAUAAUUAGAUCCUCUCCAUUAAUGUUAAGCCCAUUGAAAUCCUGCCACAUAAAGAGUUCCUCUGCACCCAACCCCUCAGUCUCUCCUCUCGGCUCUCGCACUACCCACUUCAAACAUCAUUCCAUCCAUUAUCGAGGAUCUGCAAAACCAAAACUUUCCAUUUUCUGUCUUUUGAAAAGAAAAUAAAAAGAACGAAAGAAAUCCCCUCCUCUCUCAACUAAAGCGAUGACCGACUCCAUUGAACCAUCAACUUCAACGAGCGACCCCAAUUCGAAUUCGACUCCAACUCCGACCAUUCUCCUCCACCCGCGACGCGAGCCUUUUGAGCACGGCCUCCUACCCAUCCAGAAGCUCAUAUUCACAGACCCAGUUCAAGCCCUAACCCAGCUCAAGGAAAAACUCUCAUCGUCCUUAGCUCUCCGAGUCGGCUCGGCGGCCCUCGCUGACGCGCUUCAGAUCUCAUCGGACCAUGCGCGUCUCAUCCUCGACACUCUCUCCUCGGUUCUCCACUCCGAAUCCGACCCACUCGUUACCGCCCGGCCCGAGGAUUUCGACUCUAUUGGAGCUGAUUUGCGUGAUCUGGUCCUGUUUUUGUACAUUCAAUCGUAUAAGAGACUUUUGCCGCGGUCGCACAAGGACUCUGCUGCAGUUGCGGAUGUUUGGCCUUCCACGUCAGCUUUCGACGGUUACUUGUCGGCUCUUUCGCCUUUGCAGCUUGUCCGCAGCAACACUCGUCGGUUUAUGCCAUCACUGGCUGAUGAAGAGGCCCAUCAAUUGUCCUAUCUACAAAAGCACUUGGCUAACAUUCUCUCUCUUUUAUCAGAGCCUGUGGAGGGGGAAGGCGAAGAGUCUAUGAUUUUAACCAUGAAAGGAUUUGAGCACCUUGGAUUUCUGAUUCAUUUUAGUGAUAAGGGAUCUGAAGGAGUUCCUUUAAGCCAAGCUGCUCCCUUUUUUGCUAAUUCUGAUCCAGACAUGCCUGCUGUUCCUGUGCUGGCAUCACAAGUUCAUGAUUGGCUUCUAGAGAUCAUAGCUGCUUCUUUGGAGCAUGUUUCUGAAAAAAAUUCUGCAAAAGAAAGUGGUUCUCCAAGCAGCUCUGAUCAGGAUAUUGCUAUGUCUGAUGCUAGUCCAGGUUCUGCCAAAGCCUCACAAAGUGCGAGCAGUUCUUUUUUCAUCGAGGGCGUCUCUAAAUCAUCUUAUGUAAAGCAGGCAUCAGAUCUUAAAAAUUCUUCUGUGAAGGUCAUUAAUUGCCAUGACUCAGUCAUUUACGUUUUAGCACCUUUAAGAUAUGCCACCAUAUAUGGAUGCUCUGAUGCUACUAUAGUUCUUGGAGCCGUUGGCAAGGCAGUAAGAGUUGAGCACUGUGAACGAGUUCAUGUUAUUUUAGCUUCAAAACGAGUUUGCAUUGUCAAUUGUCGCGAGUGUAUAUUCUUUUUGGGAGUGAACCAGCGACCCCUAAUUGUUGGUGAUAACCACAAGCUACAGAGGUUGAGGAGGAAAUCAGCAUCAAGAAACAGGAUUGGCUGUGAUACUUGUGAUUGAAGAAUUUUUGCAUUCAAUUUUGCUUGGCUGCCACAAGAACAUGUGGGAACCAAAUGGAGAUUCUGGAAAGUGCCCACAACCAGUUGCAUAUUCCUGAAGGUAGUCCUGCUGAUGAAUCUUGAUCAAUACAAGACCCUUCUAGAGAAUGGAGGAGAUGUAACUGGAGUUUGAAUUAGCCAGAAAAGUGGAGUUGGUGUCACUACAAGAAUUCGGUGGCAAAUUGAUCCUUUUGGACCUGCUGCUGUACCGGCUUACUUAUUGUGUGCAGAGAUUUGAGUUCGGCUCAUUGUUCUUUGACUGCAUAGACUAUGAAGACUGGAUUAAGCAAAAAAAAAAAAAAAAAAAACAAAGAAAAAGAGAAAAGUCUUGAACUUAUUUGGCUAGGUUCUAACUUCUAACAGCCCUGGCUCAUCUGCUCAGAUAUUUGCUGUAGCAUUUCCGGAAAAUUAUGAACCUCCACCAGACUGUGCAAAUGCUUACUGGACAGGGUACUUUACAAGCUGAUCAGCUUUAAAAUUCUCUUUAGAGUAAUAAGCAGCUACUAUCUGGCAACAAGGCAACUUGAAUUUUUCAAAGGGGUGAAUGAUAGAUGUUGUGGCUAUUGCUUAACAUCAUGAUGCUGUUACAGGUACUGAGAAGCAGCACCUUGGCCAGUGAUUAUGCAAAAUAGCCAUCAAUGCUAGACAAGGAGCUGAUCAAAUAAGUUUUUCUAGCCAAGGAGAGUGAUGCAGGAGUUUUAUAUUAUUAUGUUAGUUUUAUGUAUUAUUAGACAUAUGAUAGAUCUCUUGGGCCUAGGAUUAUAAAUUCUCUUUAGGUUUUAAAUCUGUGGCUAGGAACAAAGCGUUAUUUGCAAGAAAACCUGGUAACUUAACUUGCAAGGAAGCCUAUACAAAAAUGGUGUAAGCUUUACAGCCAACAUUAUUAUUCUGAUUAUUUUUCUUUGAAUUAACAGAAAGAAAUUAUAUAA